AUGCUAAGCAGAUUUUACAGCAACCAUACCCCGGCCAGGAAAGACUGCCGCGCGGCCAUUUACUUUGUAGAUCCUGCCUUUCCACCAAUCACAUACUUUUAUGACUCAGGAUCCUGUCAUUUUGGAUCGGAAAACGCCAGCUUCCAGGUGCCCAUCAGUGUGCCGAAUGGUGAUGCAUAUGUGACCUGGACGUGCGGGGCGGCAGCACAUAUGUGUAUGCGCGCUAAUGUUUCGGAGGGACGCGGUACCCUUCGAGCUCCCCAGUCACAAGACGGGACUAUUUCUUGUCAAAAGUGGUCCCAGAAUGGUAACACGACAUUGUCGGCGUCUUUUCACUCUGUGGAAGGUGGUUCGACCACAAAUACAGGCAGAGGCACAACUUCGAGUACAAGCACAACGUCAAGCACAACGCCAAGCACAAGCAUAAUUGUAACCACAGCCGCAAGCCCCGCGAGUUCUGUGGUUACCAGCGAGGAUCAAUCCAUCCCACGCUCCAAUUUAUCCAAUACCGUGAGCCCCAGCGCUGACGGCAAUGGUUUUGUUCAGGUUAGCACCGCUUCUCGUCUUGCAGCCCCUGACAUCGCUCGAGGUUUGGUUACAGUAACUCGAACCGUUACAACUCUAUUUACAACUAUUGUAAUAUCCGAGUCGCGUUGA